UUCUUAUUGCCAAAGAUGUGGAGCCAGCAGAGUGCAGGCUUGACUUGAGAAGCAUCGGAUAAGUGCACUUUUUUAGGAAGAAUAAUUCCACAAGGAGAUUGGUGCCAUAUUGCUAUAUUUAAACCAAUGUAAUUGCCAAGAUGUCGAGCCAGCAGAGAGUGCAGGCUUACCUCGAGAAACAUCGGAUAAGCGCACUUUUUGAGGAUUUGAUGGCCAGGUUGAUCAAGCAUCUCCCAAAUGAACCCAUCCCGUAUCUCUUGAAAGUUCUACAACGCUUUGACGAGAAGACCCCUAAACCGCCUGACUUGUCAGCCUCCAUGCCAGCCAUGAAGAAAUCUAGCAGCUUAGAUCUGGGAGGAAAGAGUAAAACUACGUCCGGCUGGACAGCAGCUUCUGAUCCUGCGUUAACAGGGAUGGGUGAGGAUAGGGGAUAUGAAAGACCAUGGGUCCAUCAUAUGAAGAAACUCAAAGGCAGACCGGACGAGACUGAGCCACAAGUCCGUAGAUCUAAGAAGAUGGAUUCCACCGGUAAGAAGCGCACGCCAACCUCCGAGGCAGACCUGGAGCAAAUCUUUAAGAAAGAGCAACACAAAGGCAAGACCGUCUCAUUUCAGUCAGGUGCUAAACAGUGGGCAGCAUCUGGGGACGAGGAUUCUCCUCUGGCCCCAAGACGAAACGGGACGAUUGCUGCAGAAGAGAAAGAAGCUGAGUUACUCCAAGAAGAAAUGUCGGCUGCUAAACUACAGAAGAAAUAUAGUAAGACUGAGCCAACGCGGAAAACUGCACCAUCCAGUAAUGAACUGAAAGAGCUUCGUCAGAAACCUGGCGAGAAAGCCAAGAAACACAAGAAGGAACUGGCUGAGAUGGCUGCUGCUCAACGCAAGGUGGAGACACUCGGUUACUUGGACAGCGGAGAGGAGCCUACUGACCCUGAUCAGGCGGGAUAUGAAGAGGCUACAGAUCUACUGGAGGAUAUGGAUGAUUUAGCCUUUGAGGGAGUAACUAACGCCAAGUCUUCAGGAAAGAGAGUCAGCAAGUCCAUGAGACGGCGUGCCCCGCCACCUGAACCAGAGGUCAAGGUGGCAAUCUGCAGUAAAUGUGCAAGACUUGUUGGUAGCGAUGAUGUAAGCACGGCAGGUGGCAAUGCUUAUGGCAAGUAUGGAGCCUUUGAUAGUUUGAGUGACGUCACUGCUGGGGAGUACGGAGGAACAUUCAGUGCACCUGUCACUAGCGAUGAUGACUUCGAGAGUGCUUCUCAAGUUGUUGGACCGAGACAUCCAGUUUGGGUGGAGUCUAAAAACGGAGCCUCCCCCACCCGGCCUGGCAGCACAGGACUUAGAAGCUCCAUGGUUCACGAUAGUAGCCGGGAGUUGUUCAGCGGCUCAAGUCAGGAAGCAGGUGAUAGCGCUGGAACGCACAGAGUUGAUUCGUCGCUGGUUGGUCAGGCAUGGGGGGCAAAGACGUAUCGCUCACAGACAGAGGCUUCUCCUCGUCAGGUUGUUCAUUCUGAUUCUCUAUUGGACAAAGGUAGAUCCUGGCAGCAACCAUCAUCUGACGAAGACUCUGGCUUCUAGGCAGUUAAACUCUAAUCACUGUAAUGGAAGAGUUUAUCUUGAAAUUUCAAAAAUUACCAAUUUUUGCAUAUGAUGACAAUCUCUUAUACCUGAAUGUACAUAUUAUCCCAGUGCAAUGAAGGUACAUGUACUUACAAACAAUUACACACACAAAAACAGUUUGUAGAAGGUUUUUCAUGAAUCGGUUUGUGAAUGACAGCAAAGUGAAACUAUUUUUAAUCCACUACAGAAGAUGUGGUAGUCUUGAAGUUUCUUGUGUUUUUUUUUAAAGAUAUUAUUUAUCUGAAUGUCGUAAAGUACAUGUAUUACCUUACUUUAACUUCAUCUUUUUUAUACAAUGACUAGAGUAUCAUGAGUCAAAACAUGAUAAACUUGAAAACCUUGCUGCUGUAAAAUAAGGAAAAGACUAAGUAAAGAUUUUAAUUUAAUUGUAAAUAUUGCCUUUGUUUUUUUCUUGGAUCGUUGAAUAGAUCUCGCAUGUGUGUCACACUGUGUGUAAAGUACUUAGGCAUCAGACUGUUGCAUGUUGUACAGAAAACUGAAGAUAAGUGCCAAGUAAAAUGCCAAGUAGAUUAAGCAAUACUUUUAGCUGUUGUUUUUCAAGUACUGUGUAUCCAAUUUCUGCUCUUGUUUGUGCUAAAAACCUCAAGGAAGAACAGUGAAUUUCAUUUUAUGUUGGCCUGCACAAUUUUAGAUCUUUCUCAAAUAAACUUAAUCAGAUACAGAUUAAAUUUGUUUUGGAAUUUAUCUUUCCGGGAAUUUUUUUAAUGUGAUAAAAAUUAAACUGCUAUUGACAGAAUGUAUAGAAAUG